UGCGCUGUCGUUGAUUGUGGAGUGUGAACAGAAGUGGUUUCCAUAUAAGUUAAAAAAAAUAAACAACAUGUCAAAAAGUAAUAUACUAAACAAUCGGACCAAAGAAAAUCAUUGUUUUUCGUCACUAUCGAAAGAGUUUGUAGCUAACUAUCACAAAAUAUUCAAUGAGGUUGUCGACGAAGCUUUAGCAAGAAUUCCUUAUUUACAUUCUAUUGAAAUUAAGAAUCGGAUUAAAAAGAUGGCUGGCUACUAUGCGCUUGUAGAGAAACCAAUUUUAGCUGAACUUUUUCUCAUUGCGUAUGAAAUGCUCGAAGAGCCAAAUAAUUAUAACGAAGUAAAGAAACGUCAAGCAUAUACAUUGGCCUGCGUAAUGGAAAUGUGUAGUUGUUACUUCUUAAUUAUUGACGAUAUGGAGGACGAUAGCAAGAUACGUAGAGGCAAGCAGUGCUGGCAUCUGCUGCCAGAUGCUGGAUCAUCAGUCUGCAACGACACCUGUAUGCUGAGAAGUUUUAUAUAUGAGUUAUUACUACUGAAUUUCCCACAAACUGAAGGCUCUAAAAUUAUCGCAUACGUUAAUCAGAUUUAUUUCUUGUCAGCGGUUGGACAGCAUCUCGACAUGUUAACGUCGGAAAAACAAAACUAUAAAAAUUUUACAAUGGACCAGUUCAAAAAGAUAGCCGAAUUAAAAACGUCGUUUCCCGCUAUCCACUCUCCUAUAAUUUUAGCUCUCAUUUUGGCUAACAAAGACAGCAAAGAAGCAAAACAGCAAGUGCAUGAUGUGUGUAAUGACAUUGGAAUUUUUGUUCAGAUAAAGAAUGACCUUAUGGAUUUGUACAGCUCAAAUGAAUCUGAUUUAAAAUCUUCAACGGAUAUACAGAAAGGAAAAUGCUCCUGGUUGGCUGUAAAGGCAUUAGAAAUGUGUAACAUAGAGCAAAGAAGAAUCUUCCAAGACAAUUACGGUAACUGGGAUGAAAGUUGUGUUCGAAAAAUUCAAGAACUAUAUGAUACUUUGAAAUUACAAGAAAUAUAUGAAAAUGAAAAACAAACACAACACGAAAAUUUAAUAAGAAAAAUAAACGAACUGCCUCCGAAUGCAAUACCUAGUGCAGAUAAUUAUAAAAAACUUAUUUCUUUAAUGGAAAAAUUUCAAUUGGCAUAAACUAAUAUUUUAAAAUAACAGUAUUGGGUUGUUUUUGGUUAUAAAACAAAGGAAUAAGUAUUAUGGUAACGUGUGCCGGAUACAACUAAACCAGGUGCAGGACGUAAAGGGUUGCACGGAAUGCACAACUUGGUUGUACGAUGAUAAAAAAAUAAAGACAAGUUGAAGAAAAAAUAUAGCAGCACGAGUUGUCCACGUAAAAAAGGGAUAUGGCAAUUUUUUUUUCCAAAUACAUAUCUGAUAGU